AUGUUAUUUUCGGCUGCUCUCGUCCCGGCACUCCUCGCCGGCAUCGCCGUCGCCCAGGCCCUCUGCUUCGACGACUUUGACUGCCUCUUGUCGGAGUUGCAAGGUCGCCGCCGCAGGGGCCAACCCUCCCGCCGCUGCACCGCCGGCAAACCCAGCCGGAGGCGGUCUCGAUGCUCUUCUUGGAGGCUUGACGGGUGCUCGUCCAGGAGCUGGGGGAGGAGCUGGCGCUGCCGGGGUUGCGUGAUGGCCGACUAGGGGUGGCAGGGAGGGAGUGGUUUUUUGCUGGCGUUGGUACUUUCUUUUCUCCCAUCAUGGUCACAGUCCUGUGACGCAGCACACGGCACUGCGAUUGGAAGGGGUGAGAUAAGGGAUGAAGGUGACAGGUGUACUGGGGCGGUAUCUCGUUGUAAACAAGAGGGUGGCGUCCGGCCGCCAUGAACCGAUUGGUGGCUCUAU